ACAGUAGCGUGUACUGUAGUGAUAUUUAUCCAAUUUCUAAAGAAAACUGAGGUAGGCCUGUAUUUUAUCAUGGCAGACAAAAGUCGCGUGUGUUCAGUAUGGGUUGGCUCGGAAACAGGAAUUUUAAAAGGAGUUAGCCUUGCAAAAAAGCAGGCAUUUAACUUCUGUGAAAUGAACUGCCUGAGCCGGGACCAGGAGGUGUGCGUCCUCUGCUGGGGUGAUGCUCAGGAAACUGAGGUGCUGGUUGGCUGCUCCAACGGAGAAGUUAAGACAUUCAGCACAGAGAAAGGGCUCUUCACGGAAACCCGACAGUGUGGUCAGAGCGAUGAGGGAAAAUUUACCGGGCUCGCUGUUGCAGACAGUGCUUUGGUCACUUCUGUGGAGUCUGGACUUGUGAAGGUCUGGAAGGAGGGUGUCACAAAGCCGGUUGAAAUUAAUGCAGGGCGCAGUGUGUGUCGGAUGCGUCAGAAUGCAUCACAGCGCCACCAUGUGGCCACAGGAGGGAAAGAGAAUGGACUCAAAGUCUGGGACCUGGAGAGACCAGAUGUUCCAGUUUUCACGGCCAAAAAUGUGAGGAACGACUGGCUUGACCUUCGAGUGCCGGAGUGGGUGAGAGAUCUGGCGUUUAUCCCCGACUCGGAGAAGAUCGUCACCUGUACGGGACAUCACCAGGUGCGUGUGUAUGAUCCCGCCUCCCCGCAGCGCCGACCCGUGCUGGAGGCCCAGUUUGGCGAGCACCCGCUCACCGCCCUCGCCCUGCCGGCCGGCUCCCCCUGUGUGGUCGUGGGCAACACCCAGGGGCAACUGGCCAUGAUAGACCUGCGUAAGGGUCUGGUCAGAGGCUGCUUGAAGGGUCUGGCUGGGGGAGUCCGGGAGCUGCAGUGUCACCCCUCCCUCCCGCUGGUAGCUUCCUGUGGGCUGGAUCGCUUCCUGCGCAUUCACAGCCUGGAUGACCGCUCUCUGCAGCACAAGGUGUAUCUGAAGUCGCGGCUGAACUGCGUGCUUCUGUCGAGCAGAGAUCUGGAGGCAUGUCCUGAAGCCGUGACGGCAGAGGCGGAGGUGGCGGCGGCGGAGGAGGAGGGGGAGGACGAGGAAGACGCGGUAUGGGACACCAUGGAGACGGUGACCGAGAAAACGAGAAAAUGCCGGAAAGCGGACAGAGGCGACGAGGGAGCGGAGGAGAAGAGCACAAAGAAGCGGAAAGUGAAGAAGUGACGAGGAGGACGAGGAAGGAGUGGGCGUGGCCGCGUAUGCUCCGCCCACAGGAACUGAGAGGCCCGGGGUGGCCGACGCUAACCUCUAUGCGCUCAGCCCCCCGACUUUAGUGGCAUGGGACAUAUACCCUCCGAGGUAUACAUAGUGCAGGCGUGUACCUGCGGCAUUUUUUCACGCUUAAAUAUCUCUGAGAUUUUCUGAAAAAAAAUGCAAUAUUUUCGAUAAUAAUUUGUUAAUAUUUUAUGAUGAAUUCUCUCUCAGAUGGUGCUUCAGAACGAACCUUUUUGAUAUACCUGUAUUACGUCUUUUUAAAGGCAGUCCGGUUGAACAGUGCAGUGAUGUAGGCUGUCGGUUUGUGUGUUAAAGGGACGGUGGUCACUUUUUGGAGGGGGGUUACUUUACCAGCUCUCUGCUAACGAAUAAAUGUAAUUGCGUGAAUCUGGAUGCUCGAAGUCGUCAACCCCCCCCCCCUUCUUAACUAUUAAAUCAUUGUUAAUUGAUAUUAUGGUAGCUGUGGGUAUCAGAAGCACCACCAUGCAUCAGAUCGCCGAGGCCCCCCUUCGGUUGGUCUGUAUAAUGAUGACACCACCCCACCCACCACAAACACGAAUAGCGCUAUUCUGAGCAGAACUCUCUCUGGACUUGCGUAGAGAAGCACUCAGAGGUAGGAAGUUCAGGUCCAGAGAGUACAAAUCCAGACCGAGGUUUUGUCUCUGCCAGCCAGUUGAGUCUAAAGAGUCACAGUCACCGAACGCUCCACUGGUUGCUUGGAACAAAAUCCUGGUCUGGAUUUGUACUUUCCGGACCCGAACUAUCCACCGAACUAUUGGACGUAGCAUGUGUUUGCGCUGAUUUGGGUCAGUAACACAAAACCAUUAAUGUUACUUUAGUCAACGGUAUGCCAGAGGGAUGAGAGAAUUGAUUAGGACAUUGGGGAAUUCUGUACAAGCUGUUGAUUUGUGUUAUAAAUAAAAUGUAUUAUGAAUGCUGA